UACCUGCAUACGGGGGAAAUACCCCCUCACCGCAAUUAAAUUACACCCGAGGCCUCGUAUCUAAGUAACGCUAACCAAUUCAGAACGAUUCGAAAUGCUUUUUGGGAGUUGUAGUUGUUUUCUACCCGUGACUCCCCUUAUGUUUUUCUGCAUUUAGCCUUGUGCCUUUGACUUUUUUUAAAAGAACCUCAUAUAUUUAAGGCGUAGUUGCAGAUCAUUUGUAAAGUUUUAUCCCUAUACAGGUCUUAGAUUCGCCAACUGCCAGUCGCCUAACACUCUGUGAACAGGGAAACGAAGUAGGCCUCACCUUCAAACGGCCAGUUUACCGUCUCCAUGGUUACUCUGGUAAAUACUGAACAGGUCGUUGGUAUCGAUGUCUGCAAGAGAACAUCCUUAAAAGCACGGUUUUAAUUGAAUUACGAAGAUGAGUGUAUCUGUCACUCGCACAAUUCCUAAGAAAAAUGAUGCCAAUAAAAAAUCUGUUAGGCGGCAACGGGUUUAUGACUACUUGUAUGAUCCAGUUUACACAGUGUCAUCGGAGGUUGACCAUGCAAGGUCCAGCCUCAAGGCCUAUGCUUCUAAGGACCGAGUCAGGAGAGUUCCAGAGUUUGGGUCUAUGUUCAGUAACCUGGCCCACCACCCACGGUAUAGUCUUCAGCUGGACCCUACAGACCCAGUACCAGCCUCCAUCGAUCGUCGCUGGCGUGGCCACACGGAACAGCGUAAAGAGGCGCUGCAGCAGCUGGCUGGGGUUAUUCCAAAUGCUCAGUCAUGGCUUAAAAGGGAGGAGUGCGACGUGACUGGAGUUCAUCGCUGGAAAUACUUUAAACGCCCUCUGAUUCCCUUCACUCACCAGAUCCCACCAGAUGUGAUUUUUGCUUUGUCAAAAGACUCUGGCACCACUGGUGAAAAAACCGCUGAGCAACAACCAACCCACACUGUGGGGGUCCAGACAGACUACAGGGAAAGUGAAACACAAACAGACCCAUACAGCCCUGAAUAUGUGAUACAACCUGGAGCAGAUCCCUCAGAGCUCCUCCAACUAGCAGCUUUGACUUGGGGUCGUGGUCUGCCUGCAGGCCUGGCAGAAGUGGAAAUGAUAAAGCGGGCACGUGAUAAACGAGUCUGGGAGGCCAGUCUUCCUCCACUGCAUGACUUGAAUCAGCUUGACAAGAGGCGGCGUAUGAUGGAGGAGAUGGAGGCCAAAGAGUGGGCUUUCAGAGAAGGAGAAAUCCAGAAGUUGCAAGAGGCUCGUCUUUCUUUGCUGGAGGACCUGCUGAGGCAGAGAGAUGAGGCCCAGAAAGAAGUCACAAAUGAAAGACUGAAGCAGAUAUCUUCUAAGUACCAAAAAGAAAAAGACACCAAGCUACACAAGAUCCACAAUGACUACAUCAGGUCAUUAAGAAAACUGGAGGCUAAAAGGAGAAAUAUGGAGGAAAAGCUAGAGCGACAUGGCAUUGUCAAACACUAUGCAGAUUCUCAGGCAUACUUUUCCCAGAAGCACAUGAACACAUUCCUCAAUUGGAGCACUGUCAAUGAGUUUAAAAGCUGCUACUUAAACACAUAUGAAGGCUUGGUAGAGCUAGAGGCAGGACACUCUGCCUCAGUGCUCAAACCACCCAAGUCCAAAGUCACCAUUAAGUCCCCUGGGAGAAAAGCAGAAGAACUGUUGAAGAAAUACAAGGUUCUGAGGGAGGAGGAGAGCAAGCGAGUGACAAAUAAGCCUUUGUGUUUUCUUGUCAAGAAAGAGAAACCUGUUCCUCGUCCUGUCACUCCCAGAGUGGAGGAGCCACCAGAGGGGGAUGAGGAGCUAGAGCUCGCAGUCAUCCAUUUACAGAAAUUAUUGAGAGGAAGAAGUAUUCAAUAUGAGAUGUAUAAGGGAAAGGAGAACCAUCUGGAGCUCAUCCAGGAACUAAGAACUAUCCAGGCGCUGCAGAGGGAAGAGCAAGAGCUUCAGAAAGCGGACAAAGAGCUCAUAGUCAACCUAAGAAAACAGCGAGACCAACACAGGCACAAGACCUCUCAAGAGGAGGCAUCUCAGGCCAGAGUGGUAGGUGCAGAGCUUGAAUACCUGUUUGACACCUUGUCGAAGGAGCUGAUACGUCUCCAGGAGGAGCGCCGGAUCCAUGCCUUCACAUUGUUGGCCGAGAGAGACCGUCGCCUACGAGAGGCUGAGGAGAGUGGAAGACGACAGGUGGAGGAGCGCAGACGCAGAGAAGAAGAUGAGAUCUUCAGACAAGUGGUGCAGGUACACCAGGAAACUGUGGAUAUGUAUUUAGAGGACAUCAUCUUGGGGACUAUGGAGCAGACAGCUGAUGAGCAGGCUAGAGAGGAGAUCCACAGGAGGGCAAAGGAGGUCAAUGACAUCGCUUACAGCUUGGAGGAAAGCCGGAACAAUCUUCAGUCAGAGGAGAUUGUGUCAGAGUUGGUGUACGGUUUCCUUAUCCCGGAGGUCGAGAAGAUCGGUGCCAGGCAAAGAGUGCACCAGAGGCAGCAAAGACACUUGCAGGCAGCUCGGAGUAUCGUUCGGGGGACCUCAGAGCACUCUGGGGCCCUUCCUAGUUCAGUGGGGGCCUCACAGUUGACCUGUCCCUCUGAAAGGGCCUCAAACCGAAUCCUUAAGGAGAUGAUCAGCCAAGGGGAGCAGGAGCAUGGGAAGGAAACAGAACAGCACCACACUCAAACUGAGUAAAUAGAGUAAUAAAAGUAUGAAAAGUGUCCUGAGAUGCAGUUGAAUGUCUAAAUUUGUUUUGCAGUCAUAUUAUUAAAGUCUAAGUAUCA